UUGUGUGUUACGAACGAGAAGACUCUUCAGUUUCGAUGGGAAAUUUCCUAACGACAGGUUCUAGGGUAUCUGAAAACAGAGAAGAAACUGACAUGAACGGUUCGUCUGAGGAUGAACCGAAGUCAAACGAUGUUAACAUGGAGAGUGUUAACGACUCUGGACCAGUUGAAGAUUAUGUGAUGAGUGAAGCCUCUUCGUUGCCGAAUACAAACCAAGAUCAUUCCAUAGAUGGGUUCCAUGUAGGAGACUUUGUGUGGGUACAAGGAGUCAACCGUCACCAAUGGUGGCCUGGGAAGGUUUAUGAUUCUUCAGACGCUUCUGACUUAGCUUUGAAGCAUAUGCAGAAAGGUACAUUACUUGUUGCACUUUCUUGGAAAGAGACGUUUGCUUGGUGCACUCCAUCGCAGCUCAAACCGUUUAUAGAGAACUUCAGGGAGUUUUCGAAGACGAGCGAGUCUACUACCUUUCUCAGUGCUGUGAGAGAAGCUGUGAGAGAGAUUGGUCAACAGGUUGAGAACCUGUUGGUUUGUGACGAGUCUCUGGUUAGUCCUGUAGUAGUUGUGAAUUGUGGAGUUAAGGAAGGAGUUCUUGUACCUGAUGUUAAAAGAGAGACUCUAACGUCAUUGGUUCUUGAAAAACCUGGGAUAGUUCUUGAAGAUGUUAAAAGCCUUGCCAAGGAAGCUAGUUUUAGUGAUGUGUUGGAGAUUGAGGUUUUGAGGAGGAAAAUAUCUGCGUUUUAUCGGUCUAAAGGACGGUUUGGUUUAGCUAAAUACGAUGAUGAGAAUCCAUAUAUCAUAGGACUUGAAGACAAAGAGGAUGAGUAUACAUUCAAGAAAUCUUCUGGUCAGGAAUCUUUAAGAAAAUGCUCUAAGCAUCCUAGUAAUAAAAAGAGGAAACAUGGUGGUGAAGUUUCUAAAUGCUCAAAUCAUUUAGAAGAGAGUGAGAAGAAAGAGGAGUCAGGUAUUGAUAUAGUUGUUGAUUUAUCAACUCCACUGUCUUUACUCUGCAAGAGGGUAAAGGUUGAUGAUGUUUUUUCAAGUGUUGAAAGGAACAAUGGGAGUGGCGAGACUAUAGUGCACAGAGGUAAGAGAGAGAGGAAGAAAAGCAAGUAUCUUUCACCUGAAUACAUGACAGACUUUAGUUGGAGCAGGAGAAAGAGCAAACUAGAAUCUGAAUCAGCAGAGAAGAUGACAAAGAGUCCUGCUGAAAAGGCCAUUAAUUUUGUUAGCUUGGGAGCUACAACAGAGGAGAUACUGGAGCUUAUCCGUGCAGCUUCCCUCAGCACACAACAUUCACAAGAGUGUAAAAGCUCGUAUGACAUGAUAAGAGAGUUUGCGUCCAUUUACCGCAGCUUUACAUAUGUUACUGGAGCCAAUUACAAAAGAAACGGUUCUGAUGAAGAUAAGCAGCUUGAAGUGAAGGUGAACAAGAGAGAAACACCUGAAAACACAAAUGAAAAGAAGGGAGUGACGGAUUUGGAGUGGUUGAAAAAGAAGCUUGAAAAGAUGAGAGCAUUGUUGGACGAAUCAGAGGGAGGAGAGUUUAGGGAAGAGUUGAAGAUGAAACUUGAAGAGGAAUCAAGAAACUUGCUAGACAAGGUAAGGAAGAUGACUGUUUGUUCAUCUUAACUUGUAGGAUGUUAUGUUUGUGUAUUAGUUGAAGACACUAGCUUUUAGGAGGAGCAUUGAGCUUAAUUUAUGCAGAUGAGCAUUCAAACCUUUUGUUGUAGUCAAAAGUGCCUAUUUCAACCUGAACUUUACCCGUCUUGCCUA